CGGGGCGCGAAAUUUGAAUUUGGAUUUUGUGCCACCUCUCAUAACCUCCUUGUAGAACAUGAUUCCCUGAUAACUCCGGUGAUUUUUCGAAGCUUGAAAGACACGUUGGACACAUGGGACACAUGUUUCAUCCUCCCUCGUCUAACCUCUUUGUCUUAGUGAGAGAAAGAGCGACAGAGAAAGAAAUAUGAGAUAAACUUGUAUAAAUAACAGGUAUGGAUUUAAUGCAGAAUUUGGAAUUGUUGUGACGGAAUUUCAUCAGAAAAACAUGAAAUUGUGCAGGCACCUGCCAAUCCAGAUUGGCAGCAAAAAUCAAGCAGCAUGGAUUAAUGGAUUAACAAAAGAAAUCAAUUAGCAUGCAAAUUUAACCUGUCACAUUAUAUUUGUUUCUAAUUGAUUCGUUAAGGUAAUAAGUUCAAAUGGAUGCUAUUUUCUGCUUUCUCUCUGAAGUCUUAUUAAAGCUGUGAGCGUGUUUAAACAUGUUUUGCCUGAGAAAUUUUUGAGUUGCUGAUGUAAUCAACCUAGUCUUGAAUUGCCACUACUAUAUUAUAGUCUUUAUAUACCUUAUAAAACAAACAAUAAUAUAGACAAGAUUCUUGCCAAUUCGGAGUUCUAGUAGAGAACUUGAGGCCAUGUAAUAAAAAAAAAGUAAAUGCUUUCUACCUUUUAACUGUUAUGUACUGGCCUGUACUCUGGACCUAAGUGCUUGAACUUCCUACGAGGAAUUUCCUGCUACAGGUGUCUACAAACAUUAGAUAGAAGACAAAAGGAAAGUAAAGAGAAAGUAAAAGUAAAAUAAAAGGAAAGCUUGUGGCAGUCAUUCUUGAAUGUGCCUGCAACACCUUCGACUCAUUCAUGUGAUGCGAAUUUUCUCGAGAAGCGUAGCGCUGAUCUCAUUGGAAUCAUGAAAAUUUAACGGGAAUUGACCACGAUCUCGUAUCGUCAUCCCGUAGCGCUCUCUACCUGCCGUGUCCAGGAUUAAUUCGUGCGUCCUGAGCCUCCGAGGACCCGUGAGAACCUGACGGCGGACGGAAGAGAAACACGGAGAACGCGGAGAACGCGUCCGCUCGCCGUUGCGGAAGGUGUGCCUCGGUUGCAUUGCGGUCGCGCAGCAGCCAGAUUUCGGUUUCAAUAGAGACGAUCUCUCUCCUCGGCACCGCGUCUUUCCGCGUGGAUCCCCCGUAUCCUCGGAGUAAUAUAUAUACAUAUAUAAAGCUGCGACAAGAGACGCGCGCAUUCCACAGGAGGCGAGUGGUCGCUGCGCUGGAGAUGUGACCGGAAUCUUCCGGGGCGAACAAAUCGCAGAAUGGCCUUCUUGUGCCCCGUGCGCAUACGUCGCGGGAAGAAGAAGAAACCUGGCGCACACAACUUUAAUUUGGAGAAAGACUGUGGGACGACGGGCACAGGACUUGGUUUGGGUACUAGGAUGCCAUUGCCCCCUGGUCGAAUAACUGGAAGCGCGAGCAUCGAGACACUUGUAAGAGUAGGCAUUGAAAAGGAGAAUGGACUUUCUCCAGAUAGUAAAAUGGUCAUUGUGCAUGACUUUACCCCCUGCGUGGAUGAUGAACUUCAAGUCAAAAAGGGCCAGGUAGUGAACGUGCUUUACAGAGAAAAUGACUGGGUAUACGUGAUAGCGGCGGAUACGCGUAUGGAAGGCUUCGUGCCGCACUCGUACUGCGCACCGUACACGUCGCAACUGGCGGAAUUGACGCUUGCCAAUCUGAACAACGUGAAGAAAAAGCUGCCGCGGUCCAGCGAGAACGACUGCGAGCUUCUUAGCACAGGUGGUCGCCUACAGGAGACGCAGCAGACCGAUACCGGAUCGGCCUCGGAUUGCGAGAGCUACGCGCGAAAUAACAUCACCACCGCGGACAUUAACAUCAAUCGUUCCAACAUCACGCAGUCUCAGAAUUCUAUACAGACCAUAUCGUCCCAACCGGACGUACAUCCCUUUUUCAAGGAUCCAUCAGCCGGAAGAUACAUCGUUCUUUAUACAUUCGUGGCGCGAGACGAGAACGAUGUCAGCGUCGAGAGAGGCGAAUUCGUGACCGUUUUGAAUCGAGACGAUCCGGAUUGGUUCUGGGUACUCCGACAUUGCGACGGCAACGAGGGUUUUGUACCGUCCGGUUUCGUCUAUCCCGGUCACGUUUUGCAUUCUUACGCAACGGCCACCGCGACGGCCGCCACUGCCACUACAAAUACAGCGUCCGCAGAGGCUCAUAGUCCAGGCAAAGGUACAGGAGGCAAUAUAACGGGAGUAGAUUCGCUACAGCAAAAAGGAGUACGAGAUUUCCGGGACGAGACUACCGGCACGGAAUUAGUGGUGCUUUACGAUUACAAAGCGCAAGCGCCGGAUGAUUUAUCGGUGAAACGAGCCGACUGGAUAUACGCGGAUCUUGGAAAUCAAACGGUGGAUGGUUGGCUCUGGGCCUAUGCGCCCAAGACCCGCAAGUACGGUUUUAUUCCUAAAGCGUACGCGCGACCCCCUGCCAUGACUAGCUUAUGAUUCGAAUUUAGGGAAGAAAAAACUCGCCAUUACUACUUUGAGUAAGUUCGCAAUACCGUCCUUUGUAUCGUCCUUUUAUAUAUCGUAUAUGUAACGUAAACAGCGAGAUAUUUUAUUUAAAGAUUUAUGAUCCUAUGAGAUUGCUGUCCCAAAUAAGGGACAGGGAAAGUGCAAAAAGGAAAGUAAAUUUAGUGGAUUAGGCUAAAAAAUUGAUAUUUUUAAGAAAUAAACGAGAUAUUUUGCGCGAUA